AAAGGACCAAAACACACCAACUAAACAGGCCAGACGGACCACUUAAAACGUCGUAAAAAACAGUUGUGACUUUUCAAUGGAGUGUUCUCCGGUCUCUAUUCUUUUCCAAGUUCGCCAUCGAAGUCAAGAAUAACUUCAAUCCAGCGAACUGCUGCCCUUUAAUAAUUGAAAACUAGCAUCUUAUUUUGUAGUGGUAAAUUGAAGCUAAGAAUGAUUGAGAAGAAGAGGGUUCAAUUCCUCCUCGCCGUCUUCAUCAUCGCCCUUCUGAGCAUCACAGCCGAAAAAUGUAGGGAAGUGGUCGGCAAAGAGGCAGCAUCCAAAAGUGGGGAUUUUAAUAUUCUGAACUGCUUGGAUGGGGGCACUGGAACCCUAGCUUGUGUUGUUAAGGAGGGUGUAAAGCUAUACUUUUACAAUAUAAGAAGUGCACACAUCGAGAAAGCUAAGAAUUUAGCAAUCGAAAAGGCUCUGGCUGAUGCCAUAUCUCAAGCAAAAACCAUCACAGCUAAGCAAAUCCAGUUAGAAGGUGCAAAAGCUGCCAAACUAGCAAAGCGACAAGCGAAUCGAGUUGUCGGCCCUAUCAUUUCAUCAGGAUGGGAUUUUUUUGAAGCAAUAUACUUGGGGGGUACGAUGACUGAAGCAGUUCUAAGGAGCAUGGGUACAUUGUCUGGCACCUAUUAUGUUGGUUUUCUUGGGGAGGCGAGCUUUGGAAGGAUUGGGUAUUUUGUCGGAAGUGAG